CCCCUGGCAGGCGCAGCCACCCCUGUUAACCGCGCACAGCACGGGUGGGCUCGGGGAGCGGCCCAUCUACCCCAACAUCCCGUUCUCGCCGUACGGCUCGCCCUGCUGCAGUCCGCGCUUCAAGAAGCGGCCGUUACGGGAGGUGCACCGCGUGGUUAGCGUGGAGCACAACGGCGACUACGUGCAGCUGAACCAGUACAAGCUGCAGGAGGCCAUAGGCCAGGGCUCGUACGGCAUCGUCAAGCUGGCCUACAACCAGGACGACGACACCACGUACGCCAUGAAGAUCCUCAACAAGAAGAAGAUCAUGCGCAAGGGCGGCAUGUUCGUUCGCGGCCGGCUGGCGCCGCACCGGAAGAACUCGGGCGGUAGUCCACUGGCCAGCCCGCUCGACCGCGUCUACCGCGAGAUCGCCAUCCUCAAGAAGCUCGACCACCCGAACGUGGUGAAGCUGGUGGAGGUGCUGGACGAUCCGGUGGAGGACAACCUGUACCUGGUGUUCGAGCUGCUGGAGAAGGGCGAGGUGAUCACGAUCCCCACGGACGCGCCGCUGCUGGAGGAGCAGGCGUGGCGCUACUUCCGCGACAUGGUCAUGGGCAUCGAGUUCCUGCACUACCAGAAGAUCAUUCACCGAGACAUUAAGCCGUCCAACCUGCUGCUCGGCGACGACGGCCGCGUCAAGAUCGCCGACUUUGGCGUCUGCAACGAGUUCACUGGGCCGGACGCCUUUCUCACGGGCACGUCGGGCACGCCGGCCUUCCUGCCGCCGGAGGCGCUGAAGGCGCAGCGCGACCGGUACAGCGGCCGCGCCGCCGACAUCUGGGCGAUGGGUGUCACACUUUUCUCCUUCGUGUAUGGCCGCCUGCCGUUCCACGACGAGAAUAUCCUGGGCCUGUACUCGAAGAUCCAGAGCCAGGAGGUGGCGUUCCCGGCGGUACCGUCCGUGUCCGAGGCGCUGCAGGACCUGGUGCGGCUGAUGCUGGACAAAGAGCCGGAGCGGCGCGUCACGCUGCCGGAGAUCAAGCAGCACGCGUGGGUGACCGCCGGCGGUCGGGCGCCGCUGCCCGAGGAGGCCGACAACUGCCGCACGGCCGUUGAGGUCACCGACGAAGAGGUGCAGCAGUGUGCGCGUCGCCUGCCCAGCAUCAACACCAUCAUCCUCGUCAAGGCCAUGGUCAAGCAGAAGAGCUUCGUGCACCCGUACAAGGGCGGCGGCGCCGGCGGCGGCGGCGGUGCCGGCGCCGGCGAGCGUGGCGAGUACCACCGCGCCGGCCGCAGCAACUCGGCGCCCUCCGCUUACGAGCUGUACCUGGAGCAGAAGCGCUCCGUUGACAUCACGCUUCCGCCCGUGUCGGAGGCGGACGCGGACGCGUAGCCACCGCCGCCUCCGCCGCCGCUGCCGCUGACGCACCCCACUAUCGCAACCGAGCACGCCUGCCUACUCUCGAUGCCUUGUCUGUGUGUGUCCGUGAGAUCCGGUGUGCCUUUCCCACGGGUGAGCGGCUGCGCCGCUGAGCCGCGCCGCUCGCACCCCACCUCCUGAUGUGAUCCGCUCGCGCUCGUGCGCGCGCGGCCGGCGCCGGACUGCGGGCGGCGUCGCGAGCCGGCGCGGGCGGCGCGGGUGCGUGUAGUGGUGUCGGGCUCCGCCGUCGUCGCCGCGCCCGCCAAGUGCCCUCUCCGAUGCCAGCCUCGCGUGAGGUCGGCUGCUGUGCCGAGAUAAUCACCGGUCGCCGCGAGCGGCGGCCCCGCGCCGCCGCCGCGCCCAACACAAUGCCUCCCGAUGCAACGAGGCGGCCCAGCAGAGUCGGCUCCGCUCGGAGCUGGCCCGCGUACCUCCCGCCGUGCCGUGCGCUGCCAGCCACCGGGCCAGUUCCGGUCGGGCGCGUCUCGCACCGCCAGCGAGUGCCCGGGUGUGGGUCCCGCCGGCGACCCCUGGUGGCCGCCCCGUUCGCCCUCUGUGUUCAGUGUGAGCGUGGCAUCGCCCCGACCGGCGCCCAGAGGGUGCAGAGGUGGCGCGGCGGCCGGAGCGGCCUCCUGCGCGCCGGCGCCGGCCCCGGCCGCGCAGUGUGUUGUCCUAGUCACCGUCCUCGCAGCACGCCCCAGUCAGAGACGCACCCGUGGCGGAGGCCGCCCCGCAUCGGCCCGUCGCCGGCCGUCGGCGAUGCGGGGUCCUGGCCCGCGCGUGCCGGCAGCGACGAACGCCGCCCCUGGGCGUAGGUGCGUGGAGGUGGGUCUGCACGAGGGACGAACCAAUGGUUAUGAGUGCAGAGGCUGCAGUUGGCGGCCAGAUUGUCCCGAGGGCAUGGCGAAGUACAUUCGAUGCGUAGUUAGCAGCGCGGCUGACUUUGCGGGCGUUCAUAUGGGCAAAUGCGCACAAAGACUGACGCAUUACGCGCACACGGGGGCUCGCACGUGCCAGCGAGUACGAAAUCAUUUCCUGGGGAGGUGGUGCCUGGCUGCGCUCGGGAGCGCCCCGCCCGCUCCUCAGUUUGAGGGCUGCUGUGAUCGACGAGGCAUGGGCUCGCUCCGCGGACUCGUCGCCGCGAUGUACGGUCGCGGUCCCGGGCUGCUGUGGAGCCUCGUUUGUCGGCUCUGCAGCUGUUGACCGGCCGGCGUCUCCAGCAUCAUUAGCGCUCGCAGGGCUGGCGCGGUGGGCGCGCCGGCGACGGUCGCCAGGCGCUGUGCGUGCCGGGUGUGCGCUGGGGUCUACUAGCGGGAUAGGCUGCACUGCGGCGCGGGUGGAGCUGCGCCAGGUCGGAAGUGGCGCACCUCGUCUCCGUUCACCAGGCGUGUACAGAACCGGUGUGAGAACGUGGCGUCAUUCCAGUUUUAUCUUCAUGUGAUUGUGCCUAGUCCCUCGGCGAGCGAUGGUGGCGUGUUUCUCUGGGGGCUGAACAUUCCGGGGGUCGCCGGCGCGCGGCCCUCCCCUCCCGUCCUUCUCUGUCGGCCUGUCGCCGGCCGGUCCGUCCUGUCGGGCUGCGGGCCGACCUGGGGCCCGCGGCCCCCCGCCCUCCCGCCGCCGGCCCCGCGCGGCCGGCUGCUCGCAGCCAAACGGCGGUUCGUACCGCUGGUCAGCACCGCAGUGUGAGCGUGGGGGCCGUAAGCGAGUCAGUUCUGCGUCACGUGGCGAGUUUUUGGCCAUUAAAGAGUGGCGAGUCCCUGAAAGUCAGUGGCUUGCUGCCCCCGCACUCAUCGCGCGCGGCACCGCAGAACUUCGGCUGUGGUUUGGCUGCGGCAGCUGGCCGCUGGUCCGUCGCCAGCGGCCAGCGCCGGGGCCGGCGGGCGCGUGAGGCGCCGGCGCACGGGGCGGGUGGUGCGGCGCCCCGUGUCGUACCUGACCUCAAUGGCCCGCGCCUCACUCAGGCUACGCUUGCCGCAUCGGUUGAGGGGCUGGUCGCUUGUCUCCAGUGGAGGAUGGCUUGGCUUGGGUGGGACUUCAAGUGCCCUCACGGCUCCUCCCGGUCCGUCUCUCGCUCCCGUCCGCGUUCGCCGGCGCGUUGCUGAGCUAACCGAGCGCGUUUUCCUGUCCCUGUACGUGAUUGGCCAUACAUACUCGCAUCAUUACUUAAACGUCGCGUCACUGUCUUUAUACCUUGUUGGUGUAUGUUAGUUACCCUUUACGCAUAUUACUAUUAAAGCAAAGUUUUGAAAUACAUACAUGAC